AUGGAUUUUUUUGACCUUACCAAUUAUAAUACACUCGAAGAGACAGCAUUCAUAAAACAUGUUUGCUCCCGUCUCGAAUUACCACCCGCAGAACUACAUAAAAGGCUGAAAAAUGACUGCAUCGAGCGGAAUUUCACUUCAGAUUUAUGCACACAAAUCAAAUCACUUUUCUGUUACAACUGUUUUACGGGCAGUCCACCCAUGUUAAGGAAAUCCAAAAUGACAUUCUAUACAAGACUGUUGGAACUUCUUGUCGCUGGCCCGAAAGGUCUGGAUGACCUAAGUCUUCUUCUGAGGGAAUACGACUAUUCUGCUCGGUGUAGCCUCGUCUGGACGGGGGAUUACUUCGCCUACAGAUGUCGGACCUGUGGGCUUACGCCUAGCAUGUCUCUCUGUGGCCGAUGCUUUGCUACUGGAAACCACGAGGGUCACGAUUUCAAUAAAUUCAAAAGCCUCUGUGGUGGUGCUUGCGACUGCGGUGACGCAGCAGUAAUUCGUCCAUCCGGAAUUUGCCGUUUUCAUGGUGAGGACAAGGUGGCUAAUCGGCCUGAACCGCCCCGAGAGCUUGUGGCUGUUUUGGAAUUUCUACUUCCUAGUGUUUUCUCUGCACUGAUGUUUUGGUUUUGGGAACAGUGUCGUGGGGACUCGCCAAUAAUCCUUACCGAAGAUACCGUCCCCCUGCUAUUCUUCCUACACCGACUCCAUGCUUGCGGUUGGGUUGCACAAAAGUUGAUGGCCGAUGUUCUUAUUGACGAGCAAGUUUUCGAGGACCUUCUCCGAGCGAGUUCUGGAACUCCAGCUUGUCAGGACUUCCGCACUAGCGUAGCUUCGGACCCCAGUAUCUUCAUUAGCGACGAACUAGAAAAGUCCGAACUACAUCAUCGCACACUUUUGGAUGCCCUCCUCUUCACGACCGUGAAGCUCUGCUUUCCAGAGGGACUAGACACACUUCUUAUUGGGCUGCUCGCCGUGCCAGAAUUCAAGGAAAAGUUUCUUGACUCGUAUGUGGACCACUACUCAAGAAUGGCAUCAACACUCAUGAUUACAGCUCGCUCCCGUUCUGGAAGUUCGGAAGCCUCUCUCCAAAUGAACAAUCGUAUUGUCCAUGUCUCUGUUCAGUUGUUCAGUGGCGAAAAACCAGCUCUGCGGAUGGUCAAGGAGCGUUCUGUGCAUUACAUCAUAGUUCAGUGGAUCCGAAACAUGUUUGAUCACUGUCAUACAGCGCGCAUCCUACAACUGGGCAGCACCUACAACUCCGAGUUGUAUGAAAUAACCAAUGACUCGGCAUUGAGAAGGCGGAAUUUUAUGGUAAUCUUCAUCAGCGUGCCUCACCUGUUUCCCCAGCUCUCCUGGUAA